CAGACCAGUGAGACUGAUAGGCGGUAAACAGUCACAGCACACUAACAUCACACAUAAGGAAAACACUUGUAGUUGUACCUGCUCAAUGAAAUAAAACACACUGACCCAGCAAGACUUGACGGAGGUCCAGGCUGGUGUCAAGACAAAGGGAUAGUUUGUAGGAGGACAGUUGACUUGGAUGCAAUCAUGCUGAAAUCUUUCAACCUCUUGAAGCAGCUUGGAUCUGUGGGGAAGUCGCAGGAUGCCACUGACCUUCUCACAGAGGAUCUGGUUAUGGUGGAGCAGCGGGUGGAGCCAGCUAAGAGGGCAGCGCAGAUUAUCCACAAGAAACUGAUGGCCUGUCUACAGAGUCAGCUAGGGCUGGACUCAGAGAAACGAAUGAAAAAGCUCCCUCUAAUGCUACUCUCUGUUAGCAUGGCGGAGAGCUUUAAAGACUUCGACGCAGACUCUUCUAUCAGGAAAGUGUUAGAGAUGUGUUGCUUCAUGGAGAGUCACCUGGCAUCCACAUUGGCUGACUUUGAGCUGAAGCUGGAGAAGGAGGUUUUGGAGCCCCUCAAUAAACUCAGCGAGGAAGACCUUCCGGAGAUUCUCAAAAACAAGAAGCUGUUUGCCAAACUCACAAUGGACUGGCACAGUGCACGAAACAGGUCGCUGGGCAGUUCCGGCCCUCAGGCCAGGCAGGACGGGUUGAGGGAGGAGGUGGAGGAGGCCUGGAGGAGACUGGAAAGCAUCAAGGACCAGUAUUCUGCAGAUCUCUAUCACUUUGCCACUAAAGAAGAUGACUAUGCCAACUAUUUUAUUCGUCUGCUGGAACUACAGGCAGAAUAUCAUAAGAACUCCCAUGACUUCCUUGAACGAAACAUCAGUGAGCUGAAAGAGAACCACAGCCAAACAGAAUCCCAGGAGUACAGCUCUAACGGAAAGGUUUACGGGGAGCCCCUGCUGAGUCACUUGUACAACAGCAGCAGGGAGAUUGCCGUUCCCAUCCAGGAGUGUGUCCACAUGCUUCUGCACACCGGCAUGAGAGAAGAGGGCCUGUUUCGCCUGGCGGCAGCAGCCUCUGUGGUAAAGAAACUGAAGAGCAGUUUGGAUAGAGGGGUGGUGAACCACAGCGAGUUCACUGACCCUCACGCAGUUGCAGGGGCUUUGAAAUCCUACUUGAGAGAGCUUCCUGAACCCCUCAUGACAUUUGACCUCUACAAUGACUGGUUUAAAGCAGCAGGGGAGAAAGAACUGGAAGACAAACUUACACAGUUUAAAGCUGUGCUAAAGAAGUUACCAUCGGAAAACUACAACAACCUCCGGUACCUGGUACAGUUCCUGUCGUGUCUCUCAGAGCAGCAGGCGGUUAACCGGAUGAGUCCCAGUAACAUCGCCAUAGUGCUGGGCCCCAAUCUGCUGUGGCCUCGCGUGGAAGGGGAGGCUGCUUUGUUGGACAUGGCGUCUGCCUCCUCUGUCCAGGUCGUGACCGUGGUCGAACCUCUUAUACAAUACUCUAGCAGCCUGUUCCCAGAAGCGGUGGACUUUCAAGUUCCUGAGCUUCCUGGGGUGCCUGACUUGCACCUGUCAACACCUGAAUGCUCAGAGACUCAGAAAGAGAGGCUCUCCAGCACUACCUCCUCUUCUUCUUCCUGCUCCUCUCCUUGUCAUCCACCACUCUGUAAACCAAGCAGCUCUGCCUCACAGGACAGUGGCCCUUUCAUUGUCAAGUCGGGUUCUGUUGUUCGUAGAACCACCACCUGGGAGAAUCCUGCCUCAGACUUACCAGGCUCAAACCUAACGCACCUCACCCCUGACUUAGUCCGGACCCAGAGCCUAUCCUCUGUCACCAUCCCAGCUGUGGUUCACAACCCAUCCCAACCACCCAGCCUCAAACAGACUCCUAGCCCCACCUUGCUUCACUCCCCACCACUUGUGUCUGGCUGUAGUCCGACCCAAAAGCCUGUCCCCGAUCCAAGCUCACUAGAACCCAUUCUAGAGGCCCCACCGGACUCCCCCAGAGCUGUAAUGAAGAUCGACUCACCGUUUAAAGCUAGAAGAUCCUUCCUUCAAAAAAAGCAGCCCAUCCAGGGGAAAGAGCAGGUGGUUGUUGCAUUCUUCAAUCCAAAGGUCCCACCUCCUCCAGCCCCAAAAGAGGCAGCAGAAACCCAGCCUCAACGUCCACCCAAGGGACUGAAUCUCCCACCCAAGAAGGCCCCAAGCAGAAAGGGUCCAAUCAGGCCUCCCAAAAUCCCUCCUCCCAAACCCCCAGUACUGGAGAGUAAACAGGUGACCUCUAUAGCCCAGUGAAUGUGUAGGAAUAGAGUGUAGGAACAUCUAAGUAUGUAUAAAUAUGUUUUCCUGGGCUUCUGAUGCCUCGGUACAAAUAAACUAUAAUUUUUGUUUGUUCAUAUUAAAUGUGGUGAGACCUGGAUCGGAAUGCAUAUCAAAGCUCCAGAUCAAAGCCAAUUCAGCAUGAAUUGAGUAAUUUCAGUGGUUUAGAUGUUGUGAUUUAGUGUGUUCUGUAUUACAGUUGUAUAGAAUGUUUUAUAUAUGGCUUAAGUGGAAAUAUGUUCUGACAGACAUGUAAAUAAAGUAUUAACGAUCAUGCUUAUUAAAA